CAUGUUUUGUCCUUUUCUUCUCCUUCACACUCCAAAGGCCUAAGCUUUUCUCUGUGCUUUCCAUCUUCAGGCUCCAUAAUAGGGAGCAAUAACAAAAUUUUAUUAAAUAAAAAAAAAAAAGGAAGAAAACAAAAAUAGUAGAAAAUAAAGAGAGAGAAAAAAUGACACUUUUAUUUUGGGGUUUUAGCUCCAAAUUCCAUUUGAAUUCUCACCAAAGCCUCCCUCUCUGAGCUUUCUUCAGCUCCAUUAUUGAUGAGAUGAGAUUUUGGGGGUGCUGCUAAGAGAGAGCUUAAGAAUUCUCAUUCUGUGAUUGCACAUUCAAAGUCUGCAGUUGUUAGGAUUCUUGUAUUGAGGGAACAGGAUGGUGGACUAUAUCGAAUUUCGGGUUUUUCCAAGCCAGAAUAGAUAUGAGGCUUGCAUUUGUUACCACAACAAGAUAGAGACUGUUGCUUCUGGAGUUCUGGAGCCACUGGCUAUGCAGUCUCCCAAAAUCAAAGCUUUAUGCUCAAGAGGAUCAGAUGAAACCUUCAAACUUCAACCACCAGAGAAUCUUGAUGAUGCUAAGUGGUUUACAAGAUCUGCUUUAAUGAGAUUUGUUCAUAUUAUCAGUUCAUCAGAAGUUCAGGAUAAGGUCAAGGCUAUGGAAAAUGAGAUAUCUCAGCUGGAAGAAUCCUUAAAAUUUCAUGCUUCUAUAUAUGAAAAGGCUGAUGAUACUUACGUCGCACCAGAUUCUUCCAAGAACGAAUUACUUCGGGCGAUGGAGUUGAGACUCACAACAUUAAGAGGAGAGUUGGAGAGUGCUUGGUACCAAGCUGCUGGUUCUUCUGAGGAAAUUACUGCCAUUCUGAAGUUCUGUCAUCAUUUUGGAGCUCUCGACUUGAGCAACUCCCUGCAGAAGGUUCUUGGGUUGAGCCAAGAGGACAUGCCUGCAAAUGUAGCAGAUGUUAAGGAUUCUGUCCCGGAAACCGGUCCAACACAAUCAGAAACACCUGUUAUAUAUGGUGCCUCUCCUGCAAAAGCUGCCCAGAUUGAGAGGCAAAGCUCAUCAGAAGGGGAGGAGUCUUCAUGCAUCAGUGAGGAGGAUCAACCGUCAGUGGAACGAAGCCGGCCCCUAACGCGAUCUGCCUCGCCACGACGGUCUGCUUCUCCAAUGCGACGAAUCCAGAUAGGGCGGUCUGGCACCCGAAGGUCCACCGCUUUAACCAUCAAGAGCUUGAGCUACUUCCCCGCCAGCAGAGAAAAGCUAGCCUUUCAAGAGAAAAGCGACGAGGAAGAAUCCGAGCAAGCCUCGAGAAUGAGUGUGCAGGACAGGAUCAGUCUCUUCGAGGGCAAACAGAAAGCUCAAACCGAGAAGACGAAAUCAGUAGUACUAAAUGCUGCUCCUGUGAUGGCUGCAAAUAAAGCUGUUCUGAGAAGAUGGAGUUCAGGGAUAAUGGGUGAUUCUAACUCUUCUGAUAAUCCUCCUUCCAUCGAGUCGGGACAAGAAAUUCUGAGAGUCCUUCCCCCCGAUUCGUGUACUAGUGGCCUUCCCCCCGAGAAACCUGAUAUGGAGGAAGAUGAUCUCCCGGUCCCGAGAGAAGAAGGUAACGAAAUGGAAGCUGCAUUAACCGAGAGGACUUGCCAGAACGACGAGGAGGUAAGCCCGCCUCAGAUUGCCAUAACGAACACCCAGCCUGCAGAAAGUGAAGGUCUUAAUGAUGGCAAAGACACAAGCUUUCCCAGUGAGCAGGCCGUUCGUCCUUCCAAUCAUCAUUACAACCAAAAGAGGAACGAGCAGAAGCUUCGAGGUGAGACUGAUAGAAAGCAAGUAGAGAGGAAAAAUCCCAGAAGUAAUCUUGAUGAAGGAAUAGCUGGAAAUUCAAAGAAAACCCAAAGAACACUGAAGAAUUCGCCUCAGUCUGCAAAUCCAAAAACCGAAACUUCAAAACCGAGUGUUGUGAAGAAAGUUUCGAGUGCAAAAGCUUCACCUUUGCCUGCCACACGUAAAUCAUGGCCAUCAACACCAUCACCGAGAGCUACCGGGGCAUCACAAGUUAAAACUCCAUCACCGAGAGCGAUUCCAGCCACCAGAAGAUCAAAGCCGACACCAUCAGUUCCUCAAUCAAGCCAAAAACUCGAAAGAUCACAACAGCCACACCCGACGUCUGUGAAAGCAUCCCCAAGUGAUACUAGGAAGAGUGUGAAAAGCUUGAUAAGCCAACAAACAAAAACCAAAGUUAAGGCUAACGAGGUAACCAAGAAAAGCAGCAUGGCUCCUCUCAAACCAAACGAACCAGCUAAGAAACCAAGGCCUUUUCUCCAUAAGGACUCAAGGACUGGAGCCAAAGCAAAAAAUUCUCCACCAUUAGAUCCUUUGAGGGACUCAGUGGAUUCGGGUAGAGCUAAAGAGAACGAGAUGGCUUCUGUUGUUUAUGAACAGGUGCAUCAACAAGAGGAUACCAAUCUUGAAACAGAAACACAGCUAAAUAGCCCACAGAAACACGAAGAAACAGGAAGUUCUAAUCCAGUUACUUCCAACAACGAAGUUGAUUUCCAAAGUUCUGCAGUAAAAGACGAAUCUGAAGAUGAACCUAACAUUUCCCCCGAAGCUUGGACAAAAAUAGAAGAGCACGAAGAUGAACAGAUUCCAUCCAAUACGACUGCUAGCCAAAGUGAAUCUCUCCCAACUGAACCCGAAAGUGCUGCAAUUCCUCAUCCCGAGAGUGAUGUAGCCUGGGGGAAUGAAGAGAAUCCUCCUACAAUGGUCUAUCAAAAGGACGCGCCCAAAGGACUGAAAAAGCUUCUAAAGUUUGCUAGGAAGAGUAAAACCGAUGCAAACACAACACGUUUGUCAAGCCAGUCUGUCAUAGAGGAAACCAUAGCUCUUAGUAAGAAGGACGGUGACAAGAAGGCCACAUCUCAUACAAAGAACUACGGGAAUAAAAAUGCUUUAUCAAGUGAAUCUCGGGUUUCUGCUCAAGCAACUAAAGGCAAACUAGUUUCCCAAACCAAAUCUCAGAAACUGCCAGAGGGCACAAAAGCAACAAGAUCAUUUUUCUCUCUUUCAGCAUUCAAGGGGACCAAGCAGAAUGAUCCACUGGUUCAUUGACAACCAAGUUCAGAAUGCUCGAGUGCUCGCUAAGGUGGUUGGGAUGUUGGAUAGUGUAGCGUGCAGUGUACAUAGUGUGCUUCUAUGUAUUUAACAUAUCAACUUUGUAACCAAAUAUUUCAUCCAUGGAACAGUAUUGUCUCUAUAUGUAUCAAGAAUUCAAGACAACCUUAGCCUUUUUGCUGCAGCAAUAUAUCAUUUGUCUAUCAAAA